CCGCGGAAUGCAUGCUGACUGCACGCGCCUACGAAUAGACCCAAUUCCUGAUUGGAGAGGAGACUGCCACUCGCGAGGCUUGCAUGGUUUCACACAACGGGAGCAUGGGGCGGCGGAGCUGGGCUGCGCUUUGACCUCAUCCUUCUCAUCCCUUGUGAGUACUACAAAUGCUUGCUCGCUGGUGUCGUCUUGUUCGUAGUGGUACGCGACUACAUCGCCGCUCCGACCUCAACCAUGACCGACUCUCCAACCGCUUCCAUGACGACUUCCUUCACUUCUUCAUCAACGCCAAUCACAUACUCGCAUUCAAUUAUGACACCUUUCACACCGCCGUCUUAUUGCACCAACGUUAUCAAGUCGUCAUGUACCCUCACCACACCCUCAAGUGGAAGUUCAACUGGCACACCUACUACAAGCUGCGCCUAUGUAGAGCGUGACCUCACUUGCGGUUCAGAUGGACAGGCCACCCGUGCCAGCGAAUGUUUUCCAGGCAGCCCAUAUCCUUACUCGGUCUUGACAUACUCUCCUGCUGUGGGAUGUCCUUCUGGAUGGGGCACGCAAAGCCAAAUUAUAGAUCCCUCAAGCCGCACCACCGCAGUGUGCUGCCCAUCCGGUUAUACAGCACAUUCAUAUUAUUCGAGUUGCGCCAGUUCGAUCACCUACACCGAUUCCUCGACUGCGGUCUUAUCAUGCCAGACAGACGGAAGCUCGGUUCCUGACUGGUUUACAAGUGACUACUACAACGACAACACAGCCGUCUGGGCAUUAAGAAUAGAGGCGAUUCUCACCGCUUCCUCUUCACCAGACGCAACAUUCACUCCUCUUAGUGAACCAACACUUGAUUUCGGCGAGCCAAAAUCCAACCCGCCCGACCCAAGUCAAAAGUCCAGUCGCCUCGGUGCAGGCCCUAUCGCCGGCAUCGCUGUCGGUGCAGUCGGCGCACUAGCGCUCGUUGGCGGACUUCUCUUCCUCUGGCGCCGCCGCCAGAAUCAGCAUCACCACGCGCCGAUACCGAAGGCUAGUCCGAGUGGAGAGCACGAUGCUUUGCCGGAGUUUGUGGGGAAGAAUGGCACGAUUUCUCCGCCUACACCGAUGGUGAGUUCGAAUGGGUUGUUUCAUCCACAGCCGGAGGUUAGGUCGCCGAUGUUGGAGACGCCGCUUACACCACGGCGUUGAUGGGGUUUGAUGGCUUGGAUUUCUCCUUCGUUUGUUACCGUAUUGAUACCCAUACUAUUCAGCAAAGAGCGAUACAUUUUGACCACUCGGUCGGUCGGGACCGACUAAACCUUCCCUCUCUCGUAUUCGUGAU